ACGCGGCGUCGGUUGGUUGUCAAGAUGGCGGUGGCGGGGUUCCUGCUGACACCUCUACUAUUGCCAGGGAAGGUCGCCGCUGCCGCAUCUGCCGUCGCCACUACAGCCCCCAGCGCCACUGUGCGGGAGUCAGGGCUGCCGCGGCCAACCCCUCUGCGCCGGUGACGCGGGCCCGAGAGACGGAGUGUAGGGAGGGGCCGAGGAGGAGGAGGAGGAGGAGGAGGAGGAGGAAGCCAGAACUGCCAUGAGGGAGGCGCUAGGGAGGAGCGGGCAGGCGGCGCUGAGGUGAAGGAUGCUGGCGGGGAGGCCCGGAGCCCGGAGCGCGGUCACCGGACUGGGCACUGAAUCCUCGGACACCUUCGACGGAGCCCCCCUCAGCCCUCGGGAGAGCGGCGGGCGUCGCCGACCUGGCGCUCACCUAGAUAUGAAAAUCUACCUAGAGAAGAAUUUAGAAGAAGAACGCCAAAUAUUACUGCAGCAACAAAAAAUAUGUCGAAAUCGAGCACGUAAAUAUUUUGUGGAGUCAAAUAGGAGAAAAAAAGCUUUUGAAGAGAAACGAAAAGAACAGGAGGAAAAAGAAUACCAAAUCAGAGAGCAAAUACUUCAGCAAAGAAAACAGAAGUUUGAAGAAGUUACUGAAAAAUUCCAGCGUGCCCAUAUUCCUCUUUCACAACGGAGGAAAGCAGUUUUUCAAAAACCAGUUCCUCCAUUAGAAGAGGCCCUCAAACAAAUACAGGAAUCCAAUUUAAAAUCAGAAAUAAACCUUCCCUUUUCCUACAGACCAACAAUAAACUGGAGAACUAUAGAUUCUGCCUUGCCUUCAGCAUUGUCAAAAAAUGAUCACAACCGUCAGAAACAACCCUUAUCCAAAAUCAAUUGUGAUAAAGAAAUGAAGGAAAACAUCAGGGCAAACUUGACUACUAACAAAAAUGUGUUCCAGCUUAAACUGGAGGAAACUCAGAAACUCCUAGAAGAUCAGCAUCUAAGCAGUUUGCAAAAAUUUUGUGAUGAAGUUAAUCAGAUAACCAAUUCUGAAACCCUCUCAAGUAUAGACAGUCUUGAGGCUGCAGAGCAUGAAGAAAUAUAUUUAACACUUAUUAAGGAGCCUUCUACAUCAAUCCAGCAAAAUACCAUUUCCCUCAAAUCAGCAAAUUUGCAAUCAACUAAUCUGAGCUGCUUUGACGAAGAUAAACUGUCAUUCUCUAAAACUCAACAUAUAAAUAAUUGGCUUACCAAUUUAGAUACUCCAGAUACCCAGACUGUCACACCUUUCUCAGAUAUUUUGAGUAAAUCCAAUGUUUCGCCUGCAUGGGAAUGUUUUAAUAGUCAAGAACAAAAUCUAUCUACUUUGAGUAGAACUGUGGAAAGACCCACAAAUACUGCUGAAAAUUCAGUGGCCUUUGUAUAUAGUCCACCCAUAUUUGUAGUAGAUAACAAAAGUGAAAAGACCUCUGAAACUAGCACUAUGAAGACAAUUGACUCCACUUCUGGAGCAUUCAAAAGAGAGAGGCUAUUAGUUACUGAGAACCCAACAUUUAAAUUCAGCAAAGCCUGGAGCACUUCAGAUACUCUAGCCCAGGAAGUGACUACCUUUUCAGACCAAGAGAAAUCUUCUGAAUUAACUCAAGAAAAUAGAACUUCAGUUCCUACUUCAUGCGUACCAGUGGCAACACCUUUAGUUUUGCCAUCUAAUACACCAUCAGCUAGACCUUUAGCAAAGAAUAAUAUAUACAUAAAAGAAAUAGACCCAGUACAGUGUUCUGAUAAGUUAGAUGAAUUGAAAGAUGUUAAAGAUGAAAAGAUAAAAUAUUUUCAUUGUAAUAAGGAAGAGUUGCCUUUAUUUUCAGACAGUUUUCAAGCUGCCUAUAUACCUCACAAUCCUGAUUCAAAAGAUGAAAAACAAAAAUUAGCUGAAACAUCAACAUCAUUGUCUAAUGUAAUUCCUAAUUAUGACUUAGUUGGCCAGCACAAGAAAAUGAAAUACAACAUUCAUGAGAGAAAUGGUGUGAGGUUUCUUAAAGGUAUUUUAAAGAAAGAAUCUAAAUAUGAGCAUGAUUAUCUUAAGGCACUAAUUAUAAAUCAAGGCUUGAAGUUUGGAAAUCAAAAAGCAGCAGCUAUCAGAGAUAGUAUUGAGUUAACAAAGGAAAAAGAAAAAGGUGCAGAAAUCACAAAGACUAUUAAAAAACUGAGGUGGUUUGAUGAGACUGGCAAUAUAGAAAACAGUGCUGAAGACCAUCAUUCACUGAAGAAUAAAACAGGAGUAACUCAACAAUGGUCUCAACAAUUCCACAUUAAAAGUGGUGCUGGCAGCAACACAAUUAAUGUUCCUGCUAGUGCUGAAAAUUCUGCUGAUAGAAAGAAGUCCAAGGAUGAUUAUUUCUCAGAAAAUGUCACUGUUUUAGGAGGAUCUGGAACAGACCAUGUCCCUUUAAACUGUUUUAUACCUUCAGGUUGUAACUUUGCUAAACAAGCCUGGCCAGCCUCAAAAAAAGAGGAAAGUAAAAUCCCCGUCCAUAAUGGUGAUUCUAAAACCCAGAAAGGUAACCCACAAAGAGGUGGAGCAAAAGUAAUUAGAAGAACAGGAUCUGCAAAAGUCCAAUCAGGCUAUAUAUAUACAAACAGAAGAGGCACUGUCAUUAACCCACAGUCUGCAAGCAAAGUCAACACAUUUAUACAAGCUCAAGGUAAACUAAUUAUGCCUCAUCCUCCUCCUAAAUCUACAUCAAAUAUUAGAAGUGGUAAAAAUAUACAAGUGUCUCAGUGUCAAUCAGUAAUACCUGAAGAUUCUCAAAACAUUAUGACACAUAACUGUUUUAAUUCAAAACAUGUGCUUCCAACAGAACACAAUUCGAAUCAGUGGAAUCAAGAAAGUAGUCCACUCUCAAAUGCUGGUUCUGACCUAGUCACUGUGAUACCAUCUUUACCAUCUUAUUAUUCUUCUGAGUGCCAAACUUUAACAAAAAUAAAUUAUUCAAAUGGCACUCAAACAGUUGCCCAGCAAAGUGGGACAUUAUAUUGUACACAAAGAAGUCCUGUUUAUGAAGAAAGUUAUCAGUCUGUGACUCUUAAAACUACUGAAGAAGAAUCAGUUCCCUUGAGGAAAAGAGGGCAUAAUAUCCUGCAUCAAAAUGAGAGGGCUGCUGAUUCUACUGUUAUGAGAAGAAAACAAAUUGUCAAAAAUAAACGGAGAAGUCUUUUAGAGAAGAAAAGACAAAACCCUGGAUCUGCAGGACAGAAGUAUGAUAAGCAAAUGAAUAAUUUUAGACAAGGUAUACAGCUAAGUUCAAGUGAGCCAAAACAAACUACAAGGGGUACUUCUAAUAUUGAAGAAGUUUCAGAUAGUACCGCUGAGUUUUUGAUGGCUGAAAACCUAGUGAAAGCAUCAGUACCUGAGGAUGAAAUUCUAACUGUCAUGAAUAGCAAGCUGCUACAGAAACCAAAUAUGGCUUUAAAUGAGACACAGCAACUCAACAUCUGCACACUGUCAGCUGAAGAACAGAAGAUUCUACAGUCCCUUAAUCAUCUCAAUGAAAGGUUACACUAUGUACAAGAAACCAUUUGCAAAAAUCCAUCCAUCAAAAAUACUUUACAAAUAAUACCAUUUCUGAACACCCAGCCAAGGACCAGUCUAUCUCCUGAUGUUGGAUCCAGAUUGCAAAGAAAAUACUGAUGAAGUAUAACAGUAACUAUUAAAUAGAAUCAUUAUUUUUCAGAUCUCCUGUAAAUAUAUCAUAUUUCUGUAUUUGUUAAUGAUUUAAAACAUUAUAACUGUAAAAUAAAGGUAAAUCAUAACAUAGGUAAUAGAGAUAAAAUGAUUAGUUUACAUUUAUGCUAUAAAUUAUACUUUAUUAUGUAUUUUAUUGAUAAAUAUAUUUUAAUGAAUGGAAAUACUUCAUGGUUUUCAAUAAGCAUG